CUUCUUUUCGUUUGGAGACACUCUCGUUCUACAUUCCCUGUACUUGCAAUCCUGAAACAAGGAGCCCUCAUCCUGCGCCUGCAUCCCCGUUUCAGAGCUAUCAGAUUGACGGACUGGUGACGUGUUUGUUCUUUUUGAAGCUGUCUUCGCUUCGGAUUACAUGUACUUCCCUUGUUCUCAUCGAUCCUGAAACUUGAGAGAAAGAACCCAAAGGAGGACUGUAUAUCCACAGACAAGCAAUCAAGUUGCCUUGAACCCGAUCCAUAACUAAGCACGAUGGCCACAGAAGAUGAUAACUUCGAUAUUGACAUCUAUGGCGAUGGGGGUGGCUACAACGCCAAUGAACAGGACUACAAGGCUGAGGACGAGAUGAAGCAUGAUGACACAGAGCUGAUUCUAGACGCGCCCGAUGCACAGCCGAAUGGCAACCCCAGCCAAGGCACCGAUGGCUCGUCCGACGGGACUUUGAAGCCGGACAGUGAAACCGCUUCCCAUAAUGAACCUGUAACCCAAGCGGGCCCCGCCGCCCCUCAGCCGACCCCCAAGGAGACGCCCGCUCCCCAGCAGGGAGUGAAGCGCAAGGAGCACGACGACCGCCCAACCGACCCGGAUGCCACUUCAGCACUGCUCAUAUCGGAUUUGUAUUGGUGGACCACGGACGACGAUAUCCGCGGCUGGGUGAGCCAGGCUGACUGCGAGGCGGAGCUGAAGGAUGUAACGUUCAGUGAGCACAAGGUGAACGGUAAAAGUAAAGGACAAGCGUUUCUUGAAUUUACUACCCUGCAGGCGGCUACUGCGACCAAGCACAAGAUCGACUCGUUCGGCGCGGCGGGACAGCGCAAGCACAUGGUUACUUACACCAGCCCUCAACCGAACCCGUUCCGCACAUUGCCUAAAGAUGCGCCCAUGCGUAAGGACAACCAGGCGCGGUCCAUGUCCGGCGGCUUCAAUUCCCCCAACCAGAACAUGAACUUCGGCAUGAAUAACAUGGGUGGUGGUGGCUUCCGGGGUGGUCGGGGCGGAUUCAACAACCGGGGCGGCAUGUCCGGGGGUAUGGGCAACUUUGGAGGCAACCGCAACUUCCAGAACCCGAUGGGUGGAUUCCAAGGGCCGAUGGUUGGCGGUGGGUUCCAGGGCAAUCCCAUGGGUAUGCAGAGCUACGGCUUCAACAACCGCGGCGGCAUGAUGGGCGGGAUGCGUGGCGGGCCCGGUGGAAUGCGCGGUCGCGGCGGCGGCAUGGCAGGUCCCAACAUGAUGGGCAUGCCGGGGAUGAAUCCGAUGGGCGGUAUGGGUAUGAAUGCGAUGCCCGGGGGUAUGAAUCCAAUGAUGGGAGGGAUGGGUGGAAACAUGGGGAUGCAAGGACAAGGUGGAUUCCAGGGACCAACCCCGGGCUUUAACCAGGGCUUCUUCCCUCCUAACCAGGGAGUGGGCGGCGAUGGGUCGUGGAACCCUCACGGGGCGAAGCGCAGUCGCCAGGAGUAAUGUCUCUUCUCUACCUCGUGGUCUCAAUCAAUGGCCAGAGAGCAUGUCGGUCUCUGUACACCUGAUUACAUUUAUUGCUUGGUUGCUGGGUCUGUUGCAUGGUUCGGGGGAAAUUGGCAUUAUCAGCAGUAUUCAAGGACAGCUCGGGUGUAUUAGACCAAUCCAAGGUUAUGUUGCAUUUAUACCCUGUAAGCUUAGUUGUGUGUUCUGUUGUGUUGUUUUUUUUUUUUUGGAGUUGUGGAGUUGUGGAGUUGAGGGUCGAAUAUGCUGGAUAAUAAACUUGAUUAGCUGAUCC